AUGAAGCCCAUCGCUCUGAGCGCGCUCCUCACCGCCGCCGCGGCCGCCGUCGCCGUGCCGGGAAACGAGUAUGAGAAGCAGCCUCAACAACCUCCGGUCACCAAGCCCCGGAUCCCAACCUCGUACGAGUCGGCCGUCAUGGCGCGGCGCAUCCUCGCGCUCACUCCCCUCGGCACCCUCGCCACCAUCUUCCCAGCAUCCAACUCCAACUCCUCUUCUUCUUCGAUCAUGAUGACCGACGAAGAAAAGAACAACCCCAAGAUGCGGGAGAACCGCCCCGCCGAGGUGGCCGGCAUGCCGCACGGCCUGAUGGAGUACAUUUCCGACUGCGAGUACGCGACCAACGACGUGGGCAACCCGACGCUGCUGGCCAUCAGCAUCGAGACUUCCUUCAAGAACAUUGCUGCCGGAAGUAACGUCUCUUUGGCAGUGCAGUGGACUCCUCCUCCUCCACCACCUCCACCGCAUCAUCGCUGGCCUCCUCACGGUGGUCCGCCAGGGCAUAAGAAGCCUCCUCACCAUGGCGAUGACGACGAGGACCACGAACACAGUGAUCACGAACAUAGGAAACACAAGGAUCACAAAGAUAAAAAGCACCACAAAAAGGACAAGAAACACAAGGACAAAAAGCACAAAAAGCGUCCUCACCACCCCCCUCCCCCUCCACCCCGCCCUUUCUCGCCCGCCGCCCUCCCCCGCUUCUCCCUGCUAGGCUACGUCGAGAAGAUCGAAGGCGGCGACGACCGCACCCAGGAAGGAUCCGUGGGUUCACAAAUCGCCUCUUGCUUCACCAAGUCCCACCCGGACGCCAAGUGGUGGUUGCCCGGCAACCGCAUCCACGAGUCGCAUUUUGUCCGACUGGUGGUGACGCAGGUGUACUGGAUCGGCGGGUUUGGCGAUCGGGCUUAUAUCGGCUGGAUUCCCGUCGAUGAGUGGAAGAAGGUCACGAAGGAGGAGUGGGAGGCGAUCAGACUACCGGGUGAGUGGGAGGGUCAUCGUGGUCCUCACCAUGGACCUCCGAAGCAUGAGAAGCCGGAGCAUGGGAAGCCGGAUGAGGAUAGUGGUGACGAGAGUGACGGUGAGGAUGAGGGCGAGAACCAGCAGCAGACUGGGACUGGGAAGGAGAAGGGGUGGGUUCUUGUUCAGGAUGGGAAGAAUGAGGAUUAUACUGUGAAGGAUCUCUAA